GUACUCUAUGCUAGAUUGUGAGUGUAUAAUAAUUAUUUGGCAUCGGGAUUUUACCAUCCAUUUCUAUUGAGAAAUUAUAUUUCUUGGUGAUGUUUACGAUAAUGUUAUAUUUGGUGGAUGGGUGCAGCGCUUAGCAAAAUACUAAAAAAGUGAAACGCAAUUAUAUACAUUGUUUUGCUACAAAAAAUAAUGUAAUUGGCCAUUAUGUCUCUGACUCCAAAAAUAGUUAACUUCGAUGAAAAGUGGAAUGAGCUUCAAAGCACACUUAAGAAACUUUUCACGCUCAGCAACAUUUCCAGAAAGGUGUGGAACAACCAUUUCAGUGAUGUUUAUGCCUUAUGUGUGGCGUAUCCACAACCGUUCGGUGACAGACUUUACGACGAAACAAAGACGUUCCUUCUCGAUCACGUUAAAAUGCUUACUUCAAAAAUAAUGGAAAGUAGUCGUGACGAAUUGGUGACAAUUUACUAUAGUACUUGGUUGAAGUAUAGUUUAGGAGUGAGACAUCUGCAUUGUCUGUUCUUGUACUUGAACUUGCAUUACGUACGAUCGCAGAGUUGUUCGCGCGUUCAUUUCCUACAUGAUGAAAUAGCAGAAUAUAAUCCAGAGUGCAUGGAGAUUGGUGAACUGGGGCUGGUGUUAUGGAAGAAAGAAGUCAUCACCACUUUGAAAGACACGUUAAAAGAACUUUUGCUGGAUGGCAUCGCUUCCAUCAAUGUUCACGGCGCUUCCGAUAGCAACAGGCAUGUUUACCAAGGAGUCGUGGAGUCUUUUGUUUGUGUGGAAGAGUACAAGAGGAAAGACAACUUGAAGUUCUAUGAGGAUGUUUUUGAAGGGCCGUAUCUGGAAAGGUGCGGGAAACGCUUCAAGCUUGAGUCGGGGCGCAUGUUACAAAACGCAGAUGUGAGUCAGUACGUGGAGAGCGUGUGGCGGAUGUUGGAAGAAGAGCGUCGGCGUUGCGAGUGGUUCCUGCACCGUAGCUCGCUGCCCAAAGUCGAAGCAGUGUUCGUGGGUUGCAUGGUGGCUGACCACCUGGCUCUCCUGCUCGAAGAGUGUCAUUCGAUGGUCCAGCGAGAGAGGUUCCGGGACCUCAGGACGAUGUACUUGCUUCUGAGGCUGGUUGAUGGUGGUGUUGAGGGGCUGGCAUCGAAGUUGCUCGAACACGUGAAGAUGAAAGGACUGGAGCACGCGUCUGCGUCAGUGGAAGAAAACGACCACGUGCAGUUUGUCUGCGACUGUUUGGGCCUGCACGAGAAGUACAUUGGCGUGAUCGGUGAAUUUUUCGCAAAUGACAAGUGCCUCCUAGAUGCUCUCGAUAAAGCAUGUUACUUCGUCGUCAACAAACGGCACGUGCCGAACCAGAACUGCAAGUCGCCAGAGAUGCUCACCAAAUACUGCGACAUGCUUCUAAGGAAAUCUUGCAAAGGUCUGUCGGAUGCGGAGCUGGAAGAGAAGCUGGGUAAAUGCAUGAUCAUUUUCAGGUACUUGGACGAGAAAGACGUCUUCCAGAACUGUUAUUCCCGGAUGUUGGCCAAGCGUUUGAUACACCAGCUCAGUCAGUCUCUAGAUGCGGAAGAAGCGAUGAUCGACAAACUGAAGCAAGCUUGCGGAUACGAGUUCACCAGCAAACUGCGCAAGAUGCUGACGGACGUGAAACUGUCGAGGGACAUAAACCGCGAGUUCUCCGAGCACUCGGGGAAAGAAAACGUCAAGUUGGGGAUGGGUUUCUUCGUCCACGUCCUUCAGGCGGCGUCCUGGCCCAUGAGCCAGGUUUCCCUGACGGCGGUGUCCUUGCCCUCGCGGCUGGAAACGGCGCUGCAGUCGUUCGGCAGGUUCUACCACAAUCGCUUCAGCAGCAGGAAGCUGACCUUCCUGCACCAGCACGGCCAGGCGGAGGUGAAGCUGAACUACCUGGGCAAGCAGUACGUGGUCACCAUGCAGAUGUUCCAGCUGGCGAUCCUGCUGCAGUUCGAGAAGCAGGACACGUGGAGCUGCCCGGAGCUGCAGGGAGCCACGCAGCUGGCCGGAGACCUGUUCGCGAGGCUCGCCGGGAGCCUGGCGGACUCGAGGCUGCUGCUGCGAGCGGAGGCGCCCGGGAGCCCGAGCGCGCUGCAGCUGAACCUGCGGUACGCGAGCAAGCGGACCAGGCUGCGCGUGCCCGCGGCGGUGUGCCCGCGGGAGUCCGCCCGGGAGCUGGAGCGGGCCCGCUCGUCCGUGGAGGAGGACCGCAAGCUGUACCUGCUGGCGGCCGUGGUGCGCGUCAUGAAGAGCCGCAAGGUCCUGAACCACAACGCGCUCGUGCAGGGCGUCCUGGCCUUGUGCCGCGACAAGUUCACGGCCGACGUCUGCAUGAUCAAGAAGGCCAUUGAGUCGCUGAUCGAGAAGCAGUACAUCGAGAGAACGUCGGGUUCGUCGGACGAGUACAGCUACAUAGCGUAGCUACUCGGACCCGAAUACAGCCAUCAACUGAAUUACCUUUCUUCUGUCAAUGAAUUCUGAUUCUUACUUUGAAUUGUUCUCAAAAAAAUGACAUGUAUAUUCAAAAUCAGGUUUUUUGUAUUUUAUGUUUUAAUAUACUGUUAAAAAAAAUGAAUGCAUUUAUUUAUUGUAAUAUUCUUAUUUUUUUUAUAAAGCUGCUUUGUAUAUGUUCAGUAUGUUGUAUUUAAAUUAAAAAAAAAAAAAAAAAACUGA